AUGGCCGUACAAAACGCCAUUUUUCCUAAGAAAUCCGUCUUUCCGUGGACGGAGAAUCGUGUCCCGGCCAUCUCUUCCACUCUAUGCUGUUCCUGUUCUUCCAAUGAGCUCCGAAUCUCUCGGUAUAGACGCGACAGAAGGUCGUCGAGGUUGCUCGUUGUUCGGGCUCUGGAAAAUAUCAGCGGCGGCGAAGGCGGAGGCAACGCAGCUAAGAAAUCAGCAGUGCCCAAAUCGAACUACGUGGUGCCUUUGGACAAGUCGUCGUGCAUUAUGCGCCCCCUUGCUGAGAUCCUCAGAGACCUCAACAAAAAGGUCUCCGAUAAGAUCAUCAACCCCGAUAGCAACUAUAUUCCAUGGUACCAUGCCAACCGAAUGUUGAGCUUCUACGCCCCAGGUUGGUGUGGAGAAAUUCGUGAUGUUAUAUUUACAGACAAUGGAAGUGUAACUGUGGUGUAUCGUGUCACCAUACAUGGAUCUGAUGGAGAGGCACACCGUGAAUCAACUGGGACAGUAACCUCGAGCGAUGGCAGUAUUGAAGAUCCAGUUGCCACAGCAGAGGAAAUAGCUUUCUGCAGAGCUUGUGCGCGGUUUGGUCUUGGUCUAUAUUUAUAUCAUGAAGAUGAAACGUUAUAGAAAACAUCAGAGUUCCGUUUCCUAACAAGUCCCCAAUAAGUAGUUCUACAUUUCUAUGAAACAAAUUCUGGGUUUUAACUUGUUGACUUUGUUGUGAGUUGAGAUUA